UGAACCUAUUACAAGUGGCGCGCGAGAUCAAAAUUGACGUCGUCUGCUUGCACGGCUAUAAAGUUGAGGUGGCCUGAGGCCUGAGUUCGCUUAUUUCAUCAUCGUUACUUUUCAAAGCCUCCUCGUUAAAAGACAGAAUCAAGCAUGCGAUUUCGAGCCAAAGUCGUAGACAUUGGCUGUAUAGAGCAGUUUACAAGAGUUGUGAGUACUGUUUCCAAGAUGACACCACUCUGUAUUCUAAGACUGACUGUCAACAAGAUGUACUUUAUUCUGAAUGACAAAGUAGCCAAGGGAGGUAUCUGGUGUGAACUAACUGCGAGCAACUUCUUUGACGAGUACCGCAUGGAAGGCCUGUCUGAGGAGGCCAACGAGAUCUAUCUGGAAAUCACACCAGAGGAUGUUGUCCGAGCCAUGAAGACGGCGCAGACCGCCAAAUCGGUGAAAGUGAAACUGACAAAGAAAUUCAGCCCCUGCCUCACUUUCGACAUUGAACUUCCAUCAAGGACAGGACACAGUCGUAAUGUCGUGCAUGAUGUACCAGUCAAUGUGAUCCCCAAGAGUUUGUGGAGCGAAUACAGUGAACCCACUGUUCCCGACUUUGAUGUCAGUAUCUGCAUGCCACCCCUGAAAGCCUUGCGGAAUGUAGUUGAAAGAAUGAAAAACCUUGGAAGCUACAUGGAACUAUCAGCCAAUCAGAAUGGUGAGAUGAGGUUGAGGGUGGAGACUGACCAGGUGACUGUUUCUACACACUUCAAGGACUUGGAAAUCCCUGAAUGGGUCAAUGAAGGGUCUGAGUCCCAGACUCAGGGGAGGCAACCAGACGAGAUGGUUGGUGCCAGAGUUGACAUCCGAAGAUUCCUUCAGUUCCUUACUGGCCAGCAGCUGAACCCACCAAAGAUUAUAUGCAAUAUUGUUGACAACAGACUUAUUCACUUCUUCCUGUUGCAAGAAGACAUCUCUAUGCAGUAUUCCAUGCCCAUCAUCCACCAGUGAUAAUUCAUUGCUGGCGACUUGGACAAAGUGUCUUUCCUCAGAUUUUUGUAGGAAGCCUUCAGUCAUUCCUCAUGCUGCGGCCACCUCAAGUUUGCGUUCACUUUUUCCAUCCCUGGUGCAGUUGCUUCAGGGAAUACGUAUUGGAUUAAUAUGUUGGGGGGUGUUGAUAGGGGAGAAAAUUACUGGUAACACAGCAGAUGGUCUUCUUAGGCUGAACCCCAGAAAACGAAUUUCCUUAGACAGCUGUGAUCAAUCCCCAUCAAAAUUCUUUUUAAAAUACUCACAACUCUCACGGGUGUUCAGGCAGUACAGAAAAAUGGUGAUCAACGUGUCAUCUUUCAUUUUCCUUUCAAUGUUUGGUGGAUUGACCAAGACAUUUGAGAAAUUCUCACCCAAAGCAGACCACCCCUAAAAUGAAGAAAAUGUCUCCACUCGGAAAAGUAGCUGAAAAAGCAUCCCUUUGCAAAACGGCUAAAUAGUGCUACUUUUGUGCCGAAGUGCUCGGAAUUGAAUCCCUGAGUCCAGGCCAGAGGCUCAGUGCCACUUUUGCACCAAAUUGCUCAUAGGUUCAGUGGCACGUUUCUUCAAUUCCCCAAUUCCAUGGCUCACAGGACUCUCUAAUAUAGAAUAUCUUGAGUGUAUAACUGUUAUUGCUUGGUGGACAUAUUUGUGGCCUAUUUACAGAGGUGCACCCUCAGGUAUGAAUGAAAAUUGGUUUCCUCCAAGAGCAGGGGACAAAAUUUUAAGUAAUGUUCGCUGUUAUUGCAUAUCAGCCGUGAUCAAGUCAGAUAUCUAAUCCGCUCAAACAGAAGCACCCCCUCAUCGGUUGAAAAGAGCCUUGUUGGUCGGGAGUGUUCAUUUUGUUGGUAGCAGCAGGACCGUGACACAUGCAUUUCCUAGUCGUUUGUCAACCAGCAAAGUUUAGUUCCAACCAAAGAAGCCUCCAUUAUCAAGAAAAUAGUGCUCUCUCUCGGUCCAGCUGGAGGUUGGUUGCACCUGUUAAUGAAUUUUUAGGGAGAAGGAGUUGAGCGUACAUGUAUAAGAUUACUGGUGCCUCAUUGACAACAUCAUCUGGAAGUAUGAUGAGUCAUGGAUGCCUUGGGAAUAACACCAUUGUUUUGGAGGCAUA